AUGGCUGUGGAAGGGUUAUCAGAUGCCCAUGCGAUACUGCUUGCGACACACCUCUGUACAAGCGGUGAUAUAACCGAUCUCCCCGUCUUACGAGCGCAAUACCCCCACUGUUUUCCUUUGGAACGCCUCCUACGCAUCAUCUUAACAUUCCUGCCUGAGAGCAUAGAGCCCUCGCAAUAUGUCGACACCCUUCAGCAGCUGACCAGCGAAUCGAAUAAUGCGGACCAAGACCGAGAGAUAGAUACAUCAGCCGUGAAAGACUUCACAGAGUUAGAAGCAAGAAAGCGUGUGCGGAAGCUCCGUCUACGACCUCUUAAGCAGGACGGCGAAGAGGAGGAGGGUGUCUCUGACCCUUUGACUCAAUUUAUAAUUCACCGCGCGCAUUUGAUAGAUACCGAAACCUCCCUCCAACCACUCGUCCUCGAUCUUCUUCACCCCUUCUACAACCAACAGCCAGCGCUUCGGACGUGGCUGAUCUCAAGCCUGCUACCGGCUCUUCGACUCAAUUACGAAUACUAUCCGAAUCGGGACGAGACAUUAUCACUGGAAAUUUUGGAGUCGCUGGAUGAUCAGACCGCGGUCAAUGUUUUGCUGUCUAUCGCUGGCCCAGAGAGAAACGAUAUGGAUCUCGUUACCAACUUAAGAGGACUUAUUGGCCCCUGGCUCUAUGGAAGCAACAGAUCAAAGCGACGCAGAUUGAAUGAAGCAGCUCAAGAAAAUUCGAUUUCUUUCAUCCAGGAAACACCGAAACCCAAGGCUAUUGAGGUGGCCGGUUGGGAACAUGUAAACCUGUGGCUUUUAUCGCGCAGUCUGGUGGACUAUGAGAGUGUGGUCAAUGCCUUUAUCAAUUGGAGCGGACCUGAAGAUGUUGAUAUGGGUGGAUAUGAUGAAGAUGCGGGUCGAAUUUCAUCAGAGACGUCGAAAGAGUUAUUGAAUCGGUACGGCCAGUCCGGUUUAUCUGUGAUCUAUGCACAGGCAAAUUCAUCCAAUGAUCUACUCGAGGGAUCAUUUAAAAUUCUUUCGCGAGUUGCUGAGCUGCUUGGCCUUGAGGAAUUUUCAUACCUUUCGACAACUGAUUCUGCCCUUCCAACUGUCGAUUUCGACACCGAGUUGAUUUCCUCCGCAUCACGAGCUUCAUUAUUGCAAAAUGCCCUCAUGGCGCCGCAAAAUACAUUAACGACACCAUCGCCUUCCUCUAUAUCUUUUGCCAGCGCUUUGCUUCUCUCUUUGCGCAUACUGACAGACCUGGGCCACGUUAUUCCCUGUCGCGCAUUAGCGAACAUGUGUCUUCACAGCAGUAAGGAGAUACAGAUGGCGGAUUUGCAGAGCGUAGUGGCAUCUACGGUGAAGCAGCCUCGAUCAUCUAAUGAUUGGCAGACUGUUCGCCAGAACUUAUUAUGGCUCCGAGAUUGGCAAACAGAGGACUCCGAUAAUGGCUGGGAAGGACCAUUUACUCACCAAGGUCUAUUCUGGCAACUAUCGCACGAUAUCGUUGAAACAGAAAUCUUGAAAGCCCUCAUUGAAGCCAAAGAGUAUCAAUUGGUAGUUGAUUUAUACAUUUCGUCGGAGAAGGCGCCACUUACACCUACCCAAGUGGAAGCUGCAGUUGUGGAAGCCAUCUUCACAGCCUAUGACAACGCAAGCAAUGGCAACCGAACUCGAGGCGGCAUGAAGAAAGCACAAGACAUUCUUCAAUCAUUCCAACCUCAUUUCCACGAAUCAGCCCCUCUAAAGCAAAUCAACGCUCUCAUAGCAGCAACACACGCUCUAUCAUUCUACUCACUGACACUCCAACACGGCGUCCCCUUCCAACCAGUCAGCAUCCGCGUACACCACGACCCAAUCUCCCUAGUAGAAAAGGUCCUCGAACAAAACCAAAAAAGCUACACAAAGCUAGACGACCUCCUCUCCAUCGGCCGCAACCUAGUCUCAGCAGGCCUACCACCACCACCACCACCACCACCACCAACCUCGGAACCCCAAAACAUCUCAGACGCAAGCAUAACAGCCGAACGCCGCAUAACUUCCCUCGCCAUCUCCUCCGCUCUAACAUCCAACGACUUCGGCACGGCCUACUCUUACAUCCUCACCCGCCUAACAUCCCCAAACACAACACCGCCAUCCUCAUCCUCAAAUCCCGAUGACAUAACCUGGCGCGCAGUCUAUAAUGCAGGCCGCUACCGCUGCACAACACCAAACGCAAGCAUACCUCUAAGCAAGCAAAUCCACCACCUCUCCCAACGCAUGGAACUCCUCUCCCUAGCCCUAACACUAACUCCAACACCGGAUCCGUUGCCCGAAAUCCUCGGCGCCUGGCGCCGCUGCGACGAGGAAAUAUCCUCUCUUCGGGCCAGGGAACAAACAGAGGAAGACCUCUGGGACGCAAAGGGCGACAGCCUCUCCUCUGUACCGGGUGGUUUUGGGCCUUCAGACUCAGAGCGCGAUGCAUUUGAUACGGCGCAGCAGCGUGCGGCUAGACGGGCGCGUGCAAGAGCUGCAAUGCCGCAUUCGCAUCCUCAUGAGGCGCCUAUGGGCCUAUUUGAAGUUGCGAGGGGUGCGGCGAUGGCGUUGCAUAAGAAUGCGUCUUCAUUGAGAGGCAAUGCUGGUGCUGGUUCUGGUCCUGCUAGAGCUAGUGGUGGUGAGGGUGACGGAGAUGCGUUUAUGGAUGAUGGUGAAGGACGUGUGAGGAAGAGAGAUAUGGUUAGUAAUAUGGUUACUGGGGGGUUGGCGAGUGGGAUUGGAUGGGUUUUGGGUGCCGACCCGGUGAAUCGGUAG